UCUGAUUGGCUGUCUCCAUCGUCUCAGAGCAGUAAUGAAUGGCAGAUGACCGCGCGCGUUCCUGCACAGAUCCGUCUGAACCUGUCUACCGGAGAUCUGAACGAGCUCGUCUCCGUAGAGAAAUCCGGGAGCGCUUCUCAUCCGCGCGCGCAUUCAGGCUUCACCAUGACAACCAUCGCUCACGCGCAGGAGCUCUUCCGGCGCGCGGAGGCCGUGUGCUUUGACGUGGACAGCACCGUGAUCCGCGAGGAGGGCAUCGAUGAGCUCGCCAAGUUCUGCGGCGUCGGGGACGCGGUCACGGAGAUGACCCGGAGGGCCAUGGGCGGCUCCGUCUCAUUCCACACAGCCCUGAGCGAGCGCCUGUCCAUCAUCAAGUGCUCGAGGGAACAAGUCAACAAACUCAUCACUGACCACCCGCCGCAGCUCACCACAGGUAUUAAGGAGCUGGUGGAGAAGCUUCAUCAGCGUAACGUGAAGGUCUUCCUCAUCUCAGGCGGUUUCCGCUGCAUCGUUGAACACGUAGCGUCGCAGCUCAACAUUCCUCUACACCACGUCUACGCGAACCGCUUGAAGUUCUACUUCAAUGGCGAGUACGCAGGAUUCGACGAGUCCCAGCCCACGGCGCAGACGGGAGGGAAGGGCACAGUGAUCCGCAUGCUAAAGGAGCAGUACGGCUUUGAAAACAUAGUGAUGAUUGGAGACGGAGCCACUGAUCUCGAGGCCUGUCCUCCUGCGAGCGCUUUCAUUGGAUUCGGUGGGAAUGUCGUGCGGCAGCAGGUGAAGGAGAAGUCCUCAUGGUACGUCACGAGUUUCGGGGAGCUGCUCAAAGAGCUGGAGAAGAUCUAGUGUUGACUGGAGUUUAGCACACUUUAUGGUCGUGCACUAUCUUUGUGCCUUUCCUAGUUUUUACCUAAUGCACAAUUUUUAAUGUUAUGUUUUUAGAGUUUAUUACUGAAAUGAUUGUGUUCAUAUAGAGAGCAAGAGGUCAGUUUGUACACUGUUUCCUGUGAUGUACUGUACACUGAAACUUGACUGACAUUUGGAGCUCAGACUGAGAGAACACUUUUAUUAUUAUUUUAACACUAACAACUGUCCCCGUCUGUAUGUAUACUUGAAAGAGAACACUUAAUGAUAACGGUCAGCAGAUAAUAAAAGAAAAGUAACAGCU